AAAUCUGUGUCAAAAAUGACGGAACAAAUUUAACAUUGAAGAACCUACUUCUCUUUCAUCAAAACAAAGGAAAUGAUGACAAUAAAUGAGGCGUAAUCAGUGACUAACUGCGUUUCUCACCUGCUACACCAUUCCAAACAAUUUAUUUACAUAAAUUGCUGACGAAAAUGAAAUAACACUUUGUGACGAGUGCCUCAAAUUUUGCGUGAAAACCCCGCGUUCAAUUCCGACGUAAUUGCGACGAUGGCUGCUGCGUUAGCUAAUGAUUCUCCGAAAUAUCGCAACAGCCUGAUAUGCUGCAGCCCUAGAAGCGUGGAAGUCGCCUCCGGGAGUCCAUCCUCAUCAUCUACUUCCGGGUGCGUUUCUGCUGACGAAAGUUACGACUCGAACAUCCCAAAGACCAUAGCCAACAAGAAACUGAAGAUUCACAGCACAGCGACGCGAGAAGAGAUAGAGAAAGCUAUAAUUCAGUGUAAAGAACUUGUUUUAAACAGUCCUCAAUGUUCCGACGAACGUAAAUGGUUCGUGAGGUAUUUAGUUGAGUUGCGUAUUCGUUUAGAAGAUUUGAAGGACAAUGAUGGACAACCAAGGCAGCUAGUGUCCAUAAAAGGGCAUCAUUUCGAGCGCCAAGCCAGUUCUAGUACCAGGAAACAGUAUUGUGACCACUGUAGUGGUGUAAUAUGGAGUAUAGUGCAAGCUUCGUACAUUUGCAACGAUUGUGGCUAUUUGUGUCAUUAUAAAUGUGUUGAUCACAUAUGCAGAGUGUGUGCCCAUGUGGUUAUGACAGAAAGUGGUCAUUUUGAAAUGAAUAUAUGUCCGGAAAGGGGCUUGGCAGCUCAAGAUUACAAGUGUGCGGAGUGUCAGACAACUUUAACCUUUAAGGAUACAUGGAACGAACCACGUUUAUGUGAUUACACGGGCCUGUAUUUCUGCACAACGUGCCAUUGGAAUGAUUUAUUCGCAAUCCCCGCUAGAGUGGUACACAAUUGGGAUUGGGAAAAGCGAUAUGUUUCACGAAUCGCAUAUCAAAUGCUGACAUUAUCGUGGUCACGACCAUACAUAGAUGUCGAGAGUAUAAAUUCUAAAUUGUUCAACUUUAUUGCGGAAUUGGAAUGGGUGCAUAAAAUGAGGAGGGAUUUAGAAUGGAUGAGGCGUUACCUCUGCGCGUGUGCUGAAGGCACAUUGUUAUUGUCUCCGUUAUUCGUACAACUAGGUGAUGUGAACAACCAAUACAGCAUGGCUCACUUACAAGCGAUAAACGAUGGAUCAUUAGAGUCUGAACUGACCGAAUUAACAGAACAGUGUCGCUCACACAUAACAAACUGCGCUCUUUGCUCUGGAAAAGGGUACAUUUGUGAAAUUUGCAACAAUAACGAGGUUAUAUACCCGUUUGAUAACGGAGCUAUAAUGUGCGAAAAAUGUAAUUCAGUUUGCCAUAGGGGUUGUUGGUUACGAAAAGGGCAGAAAUGCUUAAAAUGCAUUAGGCUAGAGGAGAGAAAGAAAAAAGUUGAAGAUGUGACUGAUUCAAAUUUAGAAUAUGACAUAGACAAGUUUGUUGAAUGAUUUUAAUAUUUAUUUGUGACGCCAUAUAUGUGAUAGUUUGACAUUGUAAUUAAAAAUUGUAUGAACCAUAAAUAAGAUGCCUUGAUUUUUAAAUUGUUUUUAUUUAAUAGGUAUUUUAUAUUUGAGCUGGAUUACUAAGUGAAUAAAUCAUGUCUAAGUACAUUCAAAGCUUAUUAAGUUUAAGGAAAAAAAUGUUAAAAUGUAACUCAUUAUUCUUCAAGAUUAAAUCCAAGGGCUUCUAAAUUUUGGUACAUAUUAGAAUAACUUUCGUAUUAAGUUUAAUAUUUUGACAUUGUAUACCAUUUUGUUACUAAAUGAUCAAUGAUGCAUGUUGAUUUUUUUAUUAGUUUAUAAGCUAUGGACUCAAUAAAUAUAAAUAAAAGUUGACUUUUAAAUUA